ACCAACUCUCGUUUGAAUCAUUAUGGCAGGUUUGAAAUAAUAUCGAUUGUACAUAGGGAAAUAGAUGUUUCUACGAAUAAGCAAACGGGCUGAAAAACAUUUGGCUGCUGAAAAUUGCGAUUACCAUAUCAUACAUAUGCCAAACCUGGACAAAAUAGGAACUAUUCCAUAUGUUAUGGCUUAACUACCGACAUUCAAGGUCACGUAUGGACGAGCAUAUCAUGGAAUAGCUACCACCUUUCAAACUUCUCGUUUUAACCUUAUCAAUGACAUUAUGUAUUUCAGAACAGUUCUCCGUUUUAGACACUAGUUUUAGACACAAUAUGCCUUUAUGCCUCUUUCUAAGAGAAAAAGCUGAAUUGUUUCUCAACGUGGCAUUACUUCAAUGAGUAUCUUGAGAUAUUUAGCAUUAAACAAUUACUGGUUUUGUGCUAGAAUAACAUUUGCUUAGAGGGCAUUUGUAAGGAUUUUUAUUUAUUUCACCUUUAUUUAACCAGGUAGGCUAGUUGAGAACAGGUUCUCAUUUGCAACUGCGACCAGGAUAGUUCAUUUUUAUGUUGAAUAUGUUGUUAUAGUCCUAUUACAUUUGUAAUUAUUUUUUCAAAAGCUUUGAUAAGGCCAUUCAAUGUCUGUUUCAGUGUGUCUUUGACACUUUAUUAUACUGUCAUUGCUUAGACACGAUGGCUGUUUUGAAGCGCACGAACUUAUCAAUGGCAACUUCGGCAUUAUUCGGCUACACUCGGCUCCUCUGUUUCGUAACCCUCAACCGAACAUACACGUGGUAUUUUGGUAUGAAGGACGCAGAAGCUUCACAUAACUGACUCGAAUAGUCCUUCUAUAACAGGGAAAACAGUUUACACAACGACAAUCAGUGGGAGCAUGAGAAACAUGCAGUGAUAUCGUUUUCACACAAGUUAUCUUAUGAUUGAAGAAUGCAUAUCGCCGAUUUCGCGGCAGGAUCCAUAGGAGGGGCAUGUGGUGUUGCUGUGGGAUAUCCGCUUGAUACAGUAAAGGUGAGGAUACAAACUCAGAAGCAGUUCACUGGAAUUUGGCAUUGCUUCAUAACAACGUUAUCUAAAGAAGGGGUCCAUGGCUUCUUCAAGGGGAUGUCCCUGCCUGUUACCACGGUUUCCAUGACUUCCUCUGUGGUGUUUGGGAUAUACAGGAACUGCCGUCAGUGUCUCAGUCAGCUGAGGGGAGGACCAGGAACCCCAAACACCAAACCAGAAAUCUUCCUCUCCGGCCUGGCCGGGGGUGUGGCUACGGUGACAGUGAUGUCACCAGGCGACAUAGUGAAAGUCAGGCUGCAGUGUCAGACAGAGUCCAUGCGUGCCAGAAAAGGGGCCAACUUGCCCAAACCCAAGUACCGCGGCCCCGUCCACUGUCUCCUGACCAUCGUCAGAGAGGAGGGGGUACUGGGGCUCUACAGGGGAGCUCUGCCUCUCAUGCUGAGAGACGGACCGUCCUACGCCACCUACUUCCUGACUUACAGCACACUCUGUGAGUGGUUCACCCCGACUGGAAAGAAGGGACCAGAGUGGACAGGAGUGAUGCUAGCUGGCGGGGUGGCUGGUAUGACCGGCUGGACAGUGGGUACGCCCAUGGACGUGAUUAAGGCUCGCCUCCAGAUGGACGGAGCCAGGGAUAUCAAGAGAUACAAGGGCUUUGUCCACUGCAUCACAGAGACAGUCAGGAUGGAGGGGUCAGGGGUGUUCUUUAGGAGCUUGGGUAUCAACUGUCUACGUGCCUUCCCUGUCAACAUGGUUGUGUUCGCUACCUAUGAACUCCUGGUCGGCUUCCUCAGAACACAGCCUGAUGCUAUAGAACCCCCCAAACUAGAGUUUGAGUAGACACUGAGUGAUUAACCAAAAUGUUGGUUAUUUUUUGUUUUUUAAACAACUAAUUGACCAAUUAGUUCAAUUAUUUUAAUUCCAUUUCAUUCGUUUUUUUCUGUUAGCUCAAUGCGCACAUCGCACAGUGUCUCUAGAGAUAAAUCCGGUCCUGCCUGAACUGUGCAAUGUAGUAGGGGAGUUGAAAUCUCCAAUAGGUUAGAGCAUAAAACGCUGUAAUUAACUGCAAUGACCUAAAUCCAUUGCGCAGAUGACUUGGAAUUAAAUAAUACAUUAAUCAAAUAAAACAAAUGUAAUAUAUACAACAACUGAAAUAUUUUAUUAAAGUAAUGUGAAUAAAUUAUGGUUAAUAAGUGAUAAGCAGUAAUGGGAAGUCACUACCAUCAUGGGACUUUUAUUAAUUGUUUUAUUCUGUUACAGUAUUCAACCCACAUAAUGCAUAGUGCAUUUAAUUAAUGUUUAAAAAAUAAUCAAAAUUGAAAAUUAAUUAUUUUGUAAUAAUCUAACGGAAACCGAACCGACCUCAAAAAGCAUAAAUCGCUCGGCACUAGACACUGGACUUGUUAGACAAAUGUACCUCUCUCCCUUGAUUGUAUUCUCUCACACUCCCGGUUCGUCUCUCUGACCUUUCUCUCUCUCUCUGUUUUUUCUCUCUCUACUCUCUCUCUACUCUCUCUUUCUCUUCUCUCCCUCUCUCUUCUCU